AUGACGAACCAGCAGGACCGUUGGUCCAACCAGGGCAUCCCGCUAGGCCAGCCUUUCAAGUAUGUUUUGCAAGAUCAGGAAAAUCCAAACCCGCCGGUUUUGCCUCCUCCUGCUACUUUGGAAGCGGGCGGUCAACCCUUUUCGCCUUUCCCUAAUCUCCCUGCUUUGGGUAACAGAGCUAACAACUCUACGGGGCAUGUGUUCACCAUCCCUUCCAUUAGCUCGAAUGACGAUAGGAGAUCCUCUGGCGGCCAGCCAGGUCCUUCUCCCCAGGGUUCGGCUGCUCCUCAGGGUUCCACUCCAGGCCAGGCUCCUCAUCUCCCUCAUGUCCAGGGCUUCUCUUCGCUUCCGCAGAACCCUCCACCAAGGCCAUCCAACUCGAUUUACAACAUCACCAAUAGGGAUCCGCAGCCACAGCCUCAGGAGAAGGACAUCAAGCAGGAACAACAACACCAAGAGCCCCAACAACAACAGCAACAGCAGCAGCAGCAGCAGCAACAGCAGCAGCAGCAGCCUCAACAGCCUCAGCCCCAGCCCCAACAGCAGCCUCAACUGGGUCCUCCACUGCAUGGUCCUCUGCCUCUGCAGUCUCACCAAGUGCCUUCCCAGCCAGCUCCUCAGGGUCACAAGCAACAGACUGGUCAGCAGCCCCAACAACAGCAACAACAGGGGAUCGGCCACCAUGAUCCCCAACGUACUGCCCUGGCUCCUCUGGUGCAACCUUCGCAAGCUCAACAGCCGCUUCAGGGACCUGCCAUGGGACCAGCUUCUCAGCCUCCUCAAGGACCAGCUGGCCCUCUUCCCCCAGGCGUGUUGAACCGUUCAUCAUCAUCUAGUGCCUACAGACCAUUGAACGUGAAGGAUGCCUUGUCUUACUUGGAUCAGGUUAAGAUCCAGUUCUACAACCAGGCUGAUGUGUACAACAACUUUUUGGACAUUAUGAAGGACUUCAAGCUGCAGAGUAUAGACACUCCAGGGGUAAUUGAUCGAGUUUCCACCUUGUUUCGUGGACAUCCCAACUUGAUCCAAGGUUUCAACACCUUCUUGCCACCGGGAUACAGGAUCGAAUGUUCCUUGGACCCUUCUGACCCUAAUCCUAUUAGAGUGACAACCCCUACAGGCACUACAACCAGGCCAAACAUGAAUCUCCCUCCUCAGCAACAGCAGCCACAACAACAACAGCAGCAACAACCACAACAGCAGUGGAAUGCUGAACAAAUGCUCCCUCAUCAGUUACAGCAAUUUCCUACGGAGCAACAACAACAGCCAGGCGCUGGUGGCCAGGUGGAGUUCAAUCAUGCUAUUUCCUACGUCAACAAGAUCAAAACAAGAUUUGCUAACCAACCAGACAUUUACAAGCAGUUUUUGGAGAUCUUGCAGACUUACCAGCGCGAACAGAAGCCAAUUGGUGAAGUUUAUGAACAGGUUACCCAGCUUUUCUCAAGCUCGCCAGACUUGCUCAACGACUUCAAGCAGUUUUUGCCUGACAGUGGUAACCAGCCUCUUUUGCAGCCACAAAGGUCUCAUGAUGGUCCAGCACUUCUAGCUCAGGGUGCUCAACCUCAUUUGCAUCAUGUUGACAAGCCACCAUACUUCCCCGGCAACAAUGGUUCCCAGCUACCACCUUUGGGUAACUUCCAACCUGCCGCUGGUGGUCCCAUGAUGAACGGCGAGCAACAAUACCGUGGGCACUACGAGAUGCCUCCUCAAGAUGUUGUAAUGCAAGGCGGCGCCGUGAUGCACGAUGACAUGAGAAGGAGGUCAGAGCAACUGAUGUACGAGAAUAACUACAACGACGAAGCUCAGUACUCAAGCGUUCGUGGUGGCCUUCAACCUGCUGGUAACAAACUGAAGCAUAGUACUCCAGGUGCCCAGCCAGCUCUCACUAAGAAUGGGGCUAAGGUCAACCCUUCGUUAGUUCCUGGUAUUCCAGAGCCUGUUCCACCAACGGCCGCAGUCAGACAAUCCUCCUUGCUGGAAGAGUUGGGUUUCUUUGACAAGGUCAAGAAGGCCAUUGGAAACAAACAGUCCUACAACGAGUUCUUGAAGUUCCUUAAUUUAUACUCCCAAGACAUCAUCGACAAGGCAACUUUGAUAGAAAGAGUCGACUAUUUCCUCGGUGACACCCACCAAGAUUUGCUUAACUGGUUCAAGCAGUUUGUGGGCUACAAGGAAGAAACACAGCACAUCGAAGACAUCACUUUCAAGAAGCAUCAGAUCGAGCUCUCUCUUUGCAAAGCAUAUGGUCCCUCUUACAGACAAUUACCAAAGGUUGAGACUUACAUGCCAUGUUCCGGAAGAGAUGAAAUGUGUUGGGAGGUACUUAAUGACGAAUGGGUUGGUCAUCCUACGUGGGCUUCUGAGGACUCAGGAUUCAUCUCUCACAGAAAGAACCAAUACGAAGAAAUUCUUUUCAAGAUCGAAGAAGAGAGAUUGGAGUUUGACUACCAUAUUGAAGCCAACUUGCGUACUAUACAGACUUUGGAGACCAUUGCCAACAGGAUUGCUAACAUGACGGCUGAACAAAAGGCCAACUUUAAGCUUCCGCCUGGCUUGGGUCACACUUCCCAGACUAUCUAUAAGAAGGUGAUUAGGAAGGUGUACGAUAAGGAUAGGGGAUUCGAGGUCAUUGAUGCUCUUCAUGAAAACCCAGCAAUUGCUGUGCCAGUUGUGUUGAAGAGAUUGAAGCAGAAGGAUGAAGAGUGGAAGAGAGCUCAAAGAGAAUGGAACAAGGUUUGGAGGGAGAUGGAACAGAAGGUCUUCUACAAAUCUCUCGAUCACUUGGGUUUGACUUUCAAGCAGGCCGACAAAAAGCUUUUAACUGCCAAGCAGCUUGUCAGUGAAAUCAGCACAGUUAAGGUCGAGCAGCAAAACAAGAGAGUGCAUCCAUUGACUCCAAAGCCACAGGAGCAACUCAACUAUGAUUUCGAGGACUUUGAGGUUGUUUACGACAUCAUCAAGCUUGCUGAAUUCUACAUUUUCCAUUCAUCGAACUACUCGAGCAGCGACAGAGACAAGUUGGGUGCCUUCUUCAAGUACUUUGUCGGAUUCUUCUUCGGAAUUCCCCAAGAAACCAUCGAGGAAGCAUUAGCUGCCAGAUCUCAUGAUGAACGCGGAAAGGAGGCUGAAACGAAGCCCAUUGAAGAGAAUGGCAACUCCACUGAACAGAACGGAUCGUCAGACUCUUCUGCCUCCAAGAAACGUAAUCGUGACCCAGACUUGUUGCGUGACGUUUUGAAGAAGCAGUCAAAGAACAGAAAGGAGGAGAAAGAUGCAUCUUCGGCAAGUGAGUCCGAGGAACCAGAUCUUGUGGACGAAGUUGAAAAGUCUGGAGAGCUUUGGAUCAGAACGGCAUCAUCAACGUUUUCUCUAGAUGACAUGUCAAGGGAACACAAGCGUGAUAGAUUCAACUUCUUCUGCAACACGACCAUCUAUGUGUUCUUCCGUCAUUUCAGAACUUUGUACGAGAGGCUCGAGGAGGUCAAGGGCAUGGAUGAGGAAGUUGCUAAGGAGAUUAGAGCCCGCAAGAUUCCUCAGUUCGCUAAGGACCUUAAUCUUGUUUCCCACCAGCUCGAAGAAAUGGGAGUCCAGAUUGUUGGUACCAAGGACUGUUACAAACAGGUCUUGUCUUUGACCGAGAGACUUCUUGAUGGUGAAAUUGAGCAUCAAUGGUUUGAAGAGAGUUUGCGUCAAGGUUACUGCAACAAGGCCUACAAGUGCUACACUAUCGACAAGGUUGUUCAAGCUCUUGUUAAGCACAUGCACACCAUGAUUACCGAUUCUAAGACUUCUGAUAUGGUGGUGUUGUUCGAGCAAGACCGUAACACUCCAGCUUCGACGGCCAAGGACCAGAUCUUGUAUCGUAUGCAAGUCAGGUCGCUCAUGAGCAACGAAGAGAAUAUGUUCAAGAUCGUCGUUAAAGAGCCUGAGAAUUCCGUUAUGAUCGAGUUUGUUGCUCUUGAUGAUUUGACAAUCAACGAUCACGAGAACGCUGAAGAGAGCUAUAACUAUUAUGUCACAUCUUACGUUAUGUCUCAUCCUACGGAAGGUGUUCCAGCAUCCAAGAUUAAUAUGCCAUUCCACAAAGCUUUCAUUGAUGCGGUUGAAGAAGAGCAAUGUGAAGGCAAGGCUUCCUCAGAUCUUAGAGUUUCCAUCUGCGAAAACUCAUAUCGUCUAUUCUUUGAGCCUGGAGCUCAUGACAACUUCACCGCCAAUCUGGUCGGAAGUAAGCAGAAAGAUCUUGGAACGACUCAAGAGGAGAGGACUAGUGCUUUCAAAAAGUUGUUGGACGACGAGGAAGUUGGCUGGAGAGCAAACCUCAGCGAGGAACAGACCGAGAAACUCUCGCUGAACUUCGACGUGCUUCUUGAAAAGGGUGCUGUUGAAUACAAGGCUUUGGCUAAAGAUGAUGAAGACGUCGAAAUGAAGGACGCUGACGAGACUACCGAAAAAGUGGACAACAAGGAAGAGCAAGAUGAAACUACCACGGCUCAAGACCAAGAAGAAGAGAAGGUCAAGGAUGAGGAGCCCAAGGAGGAGACCGAACCCACCGAGGGAACCAAACCACAUCCUGAUACCACGGUCGAUGCCGACACCACUAUCUACCAUGACCCAAAUGAUACUACAAUCCAGCAAGACGUUAACGAAACCACCAACGAAGAGGUUACGCUUAACGCAGGAGCCGAAGACGAAGACGCUGCCAAUUCGACAGUUCCUGAGGGAGCAGGAGCUCAAGAGAAUAAUGCAGCCUAG